AUGCAUUCCUCUGGUGUACAGUCAGAAACUCAUUUGAAAGUCCUCGAAUUCAUCUCAACUAUCGGAUGCUCAGUAUCACUUGUCGGUUUAGUUUUUACAAUCCUCAUGCACGUGUGUUUCUGGAAACAUGUGAAAUCACCUCGAUGUAUAGUUUUGAUAAAUCUUUGUAUCGCAAUUGGUUUUGCCGAUAUCUUUGCUGUUGUGGAAAGAGUUGCUCGAGGCAAUCCGGUAACUAUAUUGAAAAGAAAAUACAUUCAGUUAAUAUAUGCUGGUUCGUUUUUUUGUAAAUCAGUCGCUGCUCUUUUACAUUACUUCCUGUUGUCUGUGUUCACCUGGAUGUUAUGCGAGGGAAUUCUUUUGUACAUCUUAGUUAUACGACUCUUUCAUAACGUUGGUAGAAAGCAUAUUAAGAUCUUCAAUUUCAUUGGCUGGGGCAUUCCUUUGAUAACUAUUGCAGCAUCAUUUGUUUUCGAAAAUAAAUUGAAUUUGGCUUUUAUUAUCCCAGCAUGCUUUGUUAUUGCAGUCAAUACUGUAGUACUCAUUAUGGUUAUCAGAAAAAUGAUGAACACACACAAAGUCAGACAACAAGAAAAUAUUGAGAAAGUAAAGACAGGAGUAAGAGCUACAAUUGUUAUCUUACCUAUUCUUGGUUUGACCUGGGUGUUUGGCUUGAUGGCCAUCAAUGAGGAGACUGUAUUCUUCCGUUAUCUUUUUGCCAUUUUUAAUUCUGCUCAAGGAUUGCUAAUAUUCCUCUUUCACUGUGUUCUAAAUAAAAAGAUGCAAGAGGCUGUUCGGAAAAGUUCGCGACGCACUUUCUCUUUAAGACACGGUGGGAAGAAAUGGACUGACUUACAAAAUGUUUCAUCUAGUGCUCCUGGAAAGACUCUUAGUUCGGACAGAAGUGAAGAAAAGCAAAUAGAGAAAGGUGAUGAUUUUUCAAACGAGGAAUCAUUUCUUUUGUCCCUUCAGUCACAGACGCGAGGAAACAAAGAUACCAUUGAGUCGUCUUUCAAAAGUCAAAAUCUGCUGAUACGACAGAAUUUAGUGGAAAAUCAUCAGAAAGUGAAACACCAUCAAAUUCAUCAUUGUUGGAAAGUGGUGAUAAAUUGGCUUGCAGUAAAUUAUGAUAACAAUAACAUCUAUGGUAUUUUAAGUAACGAUUUAAGGUAUGAACGAAUUUUUAACUAAGAAUAGAAUGAAAAAUAACCCAAAAUAAAAGAAUUUACCUAGAUAUAUCUUGAACCAAUGCAUAAUGAGACGAAAAAAUGUAACUAUUGUGCUGCUAUUGACAAAAAAUGUCAUACUAACUUCAUAGUAACAUGUUAAAAUAACUAUGUGUUGUCUAUAGCUAUAGUCAGUGUUAACGAACUGAGAAUAUAUAGCUAUUGAUUCGUGCAAAGAUUUGAUUUUAAUUUACUGCAAAAGAUCAGACAACUAACCACUUAAAAAGAGUAUAAACGACGUACUAAGUUUAA